AUGGUUAAUGAAAGAAACAAAUUUCCUAAUCCGGAAGAACCAUUCAUGCCUCCCAUGAAGAAGCGGAGGGGAACAAAGAAAUUGGUCGCUGAAGGCAUGCGGCCAUGUAUCUGGCCCAUUGCAAGUCCAAUGAUCGCUCAAGACGCAACUGCUUGCAAUCCGACUACUCGCAGCUUACGCCCGCUCCGCAGACAGAUUCGUGUUCCUGGGCACGAGAUACCUUUUCCCGUUAGUAACACGCCAAAAUCAUGCAAGAUGGAGCAGCGCAGCGAUUGGGAAGUUUUCAAAGAGCAUCGGAGAUUGCGCGCGAGGGCAAAGCCCGGAUACAUUUCACAGAAGACUAGUGCUGACAGCAAGAAGAUAUGGAAUAACUGGUCUCAGGAGGAGAAAGAUGAAGCGGUGCAGAGGUUGAGAGAUGCUGCUGAGGCGGGUAUCGACUUGAAAGAUGUGCCUACGGAUGCGGAAGCAGAGGAUGAGAUCGAUGAUGAGGAGGAGAGUGAUGAUGCAGGAGCGGCAGAUCUGGAAUAUCUUCCUGACGCAGCGGAUGAGGAAGCGGGUGAUGACUACGAGGUUUCUUCGGACGGCGGUGACAUUGCCAUGGGUGGACCGCGUAAGGACAUGUUUCGCGCAUAUGAUGAUCCGGAAGGCAAGAUGAGGGGGGAGAGACAAGUAGCCCGCAAGAAAUAUGGCCAGGGGAAGGCUCCUGUCCACGGAGAUGUUGAAUGGGCCUACCAGAAACAUCUUGGCUCAGGUGGAAACGGCUCUGCGCACCUCUGGGUUCGGGUCGAUGAGGAAGACAUCAUCCAAGACCGCAUCGCCGUCAAAGAUUGUUGGACUGAUGGGCCAUUCCAUUGGGGAAGCAUCAAAUUCUGGGAUGGAGAUCCUCGUAACAUGGCUCCUGAGGAUCGGCUACCCGUCGAAGUCAAGGCUAUGUUAGCUUGUCAAGAUAAGCCAGGCAGCCAUCGAAUUGCUGGUAUUCGCGACCGCAGCGUCGACUUCGACCGUAUGGCUUAUCGCAUCAUCAUGCCAUUCUACGCACGGGGAGACUUCAUCACAAUCAUCGACAAAGCAGAUGACAACUAUCAUGUCCCAGAGCCCUUCAUCUGGUGCGCCUUCGAAGCAUUGACAGACGCUUGUCUCGUCAUGGAACGCGCCAGCACACGUAAAGCCGACCAAGCACCAGAUGGCUGGAAAGAGAUCGUCCACAGAGAUAUCAAACCCGACAACGUCUUUCUCAGCGCACGAAACCCAAGAUCUUUCCCUUCAUACCCCCAACCCGUCCUCGCAGACUUCGGCGGCUGCAUCAUGACCUCCAAAGACGACAUCUUCAACCCAACCGCCUACGCCGACAGUACAGGCACUGCAGGCUACUUCGCCCCCGAACAACACGCCUACGAAGACAAAACGACCUACGAAGCAGUCUUUAUCGCCCGCCAACAAAGCUGGACGAACAUUUAUCAGAUCGGUCGCGUGAUAAUGUCUCUCAUGAACGCACCUGCACCCGAGACCUUAUCCGAGGCCGAAAUCAAAAAAGGUGCCGUGCAAGAAUAUCUCUCUACAGACCCGGAUUAUGAUGACCCGGAUGGUUGGAAAGAUCACGAGUGGUUCAAGCCGGAAACUCAAGGGAGGUAUUCGAAGGAAUUGCAGAAUUUGGCGAAGAGUUGUGUAAGGUAUAAGCCCGAUGAGAGGAUUACGGCUCUGAAAUUGAAGGGAAAGAUUUUGAGGAGGACUGGUGGGGUUCGUGGUGGGAAGGGGAAGGAUUUUGCGAAGGGGUUGAGGAGUGAAAAGGUUAAGAAGGGUGGAGAGGGAGAUUUGAGAGGGUGGAGGAGGAAGGAUAAGUAUGCUGUGGGAUUGGUGAGGCCGGAGAAGUAG